CUUCACAGUCAUGAUGCGAGGUAGCUCCUUAUUCUCCAGGGAGAAUAUUCACUAAGAACCGGACAUCUUAUAAUACUUCUACAGCCUUCAGAAAUGAUCCGCAUCAACAACACCCAAUACUUCCACUUCCUGCAGGAGGCAGAUGCCUUACGUCGCUCAGGAUCCCUCUGUGAUGUCAUCAUCUCAGUAAAGAGUCACAUAUUUAAGGCUCAUCGGCUAGUACUGGCUUGUGCUAGCAGAAGACUAGCGCAGCAGCUAGCCCAGGCAGCCACAGACAACUCAGCCCACUGCACUCUGGAGUAUUUCUCCCCCCGCACCUUCCAGCAAGUUCUGGACUUCACCUACACACAGACCCUGGAGGUGACUGAGGGGGACCUGCAUCUGCUGCAUAGAGCUGCUCAGCUGUUGGAGAUGCAGCUGCUGGAGGACCAGUGCCUGAAGCAGCUGGGAAAACUCAACUACAGAGAAGUGGAGGCUGACAGAAGAGAAAUCCCAUGUUUCAAAGAGAAGGAGCAAGAUGAAAGUGCAGAGAAGAACGGCCAAAAGCAAUCAUCAAGUCCAGUUGAGGAGGAGAAACUCCAAGAGACUUCUUCCCCAGAGGAGGCAAACGAUUGCAUUGUCAUGGAGAACCUCUCGCCCUGUGAUCCUGAUAAGAACCCCAACAGUCUGCCACCCCAAAAGAAGAAGCUUAAAGGCCCCCCCGUGUUAGAAUCAUCCCCUAACAGAGAGCGUGUCACCAGGCCUGCCAGUAGCAGCGCCACACUCUCCUCUCCAUGGACAUUCCCUCCAAACAUGUGGAGCUCUGUGAGCACCCUGAGGCGGAUCGCAGGGAAUUAUUCAAGUUUAAUCGCAGCUCACCCCCUUCAGUCCCAGAGCCCGUCCUCAAUUGCAUACCCAUUCCCCCUCUCCUCCCCCCACAUGUUCCCCCUACUCGGAGCUCAUUUUCAAACCCCUGUUCACAGCUCUGUAAUGGGCUACUCAAGCUUUCAUCCAAGUUAUACACACAACCUCUAUGCUCGGCCUUCAGGGGUGGGGAGCAUUAUCAAGCAAGGCCUCUUGAAAAGAAAAAAAAACAGCCAGAGAGCAUUUACUGGGACCAGUCACACCGGUGAGAGGAGUUACCAUGAGGUACCCAAAGCCAGCAGAGAGAGAGUUAAAGACUGCCAACGCUGCUGUAGCACCCUCCAUGAUAAUCCAACGCAGCGGGAGCCAGCCUCCACACCAUCGGGUGAGGUCUGUGCAGGGUGUCGUGUCUGUGGGAGAGGAGAUGUGGUGCAGCACGAACCACAAUGCCAUCAACAAGAACACAGAGGAGAAAAACCCUACCAGUGCCAACACUGCCCAAAGAAGUUUAGUCUGAAACACCAACUGGACACACACCAUAGAGUUCACACCGGAGAGAAACCCUUCGAGUGUCGUCUCUGUGGUCAGCGCUCACGGGACUACUCGGCCAUGAUCAAGCACCUGCGGACUCACGGGGGGGCCACACCCUACCAGUGCACGGUGUGUCUGGAGUUCUGCAAUAGCCUGGUCUCCAUGCAAAGACACAUCAAGAGCCACACCGUGCAGGACUUCCCUCCUGACUGGAGCAUCAACAGCACCUACCUGUACAACUCACAUAUCUGAGCCUCGCAACACAAACACUUCUUCACAAAGUUCUCAUUAGUGUAGCUUAAGGUGUUGCCUCCAAUGUGCUAUCAUUACUUUUUAAUAAAAGCCGCUAAGCAUUUGUUCGUUUUAAAAACCAACAAGGUCCUUUGACAACACUUACCACAAGUUAACAAUACAUGAGGCAGAAAUUGGGGCUCUCCCAGGUGUUGCAAUAACUUCUAUACAAACUGAAACUGCUUUGUAUUGACGUUCACCAUCAUAGAACAGAGAGAUGCUGCACUAAUUUCCAAUAGCAAGUCUGCAAAGCUACUGGAAGUGUUUACCAUGAUACUUUAGGUCAUUUACGUGCAUUAAAGUCACAUCAGCAGCUCCUCCUCGUCAAAUGACGCAGGCACCUUCCCUACUUUCAUAUUUAUUGGACGCUUGUGUAAACUUUUGUAAGUUGGACCUAGGUUUAUAGCUCCCUCAUGAGGACAACCACUGUAACAAAAGGUGGUUGUUUGCUGUAGCACUGCUCACAAAUGAAUCAUCAGGUUAGAAGUGGCUGAGGUAUUGUGUAUGCAGCUGGAAAAAAAUAUAUUUGUUUCAUUAAAUAAUGGAAGAUUUAAGCAGACUACAUUUGUUGACCCAGAUUAAAAUAAUAUAUCUGUAUUGCAUAACACCUUUGAAGUCUGGCACUUUCUCAUUUUUUGUAUCUUUCAUUAGUAGUUUUAUUCAAUCAUCAGUCACUAAUGUGGAGCUGCCGAAUACACAUGUUGCUGGCAACAAUAUAGGUAAAUACUACCUGCCAUACAUCUUGACAAACAUCACAGCAGUUAUGUGAAAAUAUUCCAGAAGUCCUCGUAGCAUAUUUAUAAAACCAUUCACAUGUCUUCCAAGAAGUUUCCAAUAGUUUUCAGAAGAGCUAAGCCACUGAAAGCUGUUAUUAUUAUUAUGUGUACAGUAUUAUAUUAAUAUGUAUGGGGUAGAAAAUAAAUAAACACUCACCUAUAUUUCCAUUUAAAGGCUUUAAUGGAUGAAUAUACCAUGUUUUAAUAAUAAUAAUAAUUCAUUUGAUUUGUAAAGCACCUUUCAUUGCUUGUUUUAGAUAUGCUUCAAAUAAACAAGCUUAC